CAAUAGCAUGUGAUGUGAGUAUUAUUAUAUUUACAAGAAAAAGUUGUUUCAAACUCUGGAUAUGGUUUCCAGUUAGUAAAAAAGACAAAGAUAGCCUGAUAAAAAAUGAUUCCAGUCCUCUGCUUUUCUAUAUCCCCCACAAAACUUAAAAAUAUAUUUGUCCCCAAUCUAGAAUUUCAUUUCUCCUAUUUCCUUAAAUUUUUUGGAUUACUGGUACUUUAAAAUCAAUGCCCACUUCUUCAUUACCUUCUAAAACUUCAUAAGUUCCGCCAUUUAAAGUGAUAAUUUAACAUUUGUGGACAUGAGUUUUUGAUUUCACCUCUGAUAAUUCAUAUGUGGCAUGUUUUCACCUGUGUCUUUUUCCGUUUGUCGAGGCUCGAUUCGUUAAUCGUUCGAAAGGGUACAUAAAGAUCUGAUUUUUUACAAGAUCUUGGAUUUUCUGGAUUAUAUUGAAAAAUGAGGGACUUCCCAUCUUGUUUUGGUGAAAAUGGAGUUCAAGUUGCUGAUGCUUCUUGUUCAGGUGUAGGUGUUAGUAAAGCAACUCAAAAUUUGGUUACUUGCACAUAUAGGUGUAAAUUGCUUGGUAAGUCUUGUUUAAUGAACUUUGUUUGGAGCAAGAAUUUGAUGGGUCAAUGCCUUAGUGUUGAAUUAGAUGAUUUAUCGCAUCACUUGAUCAGUAAAAUUGAUGUAAAACCGUCUUUGUUCUCAAAAUGGAAAGGAUCUAAGUGUUUUGAAGUUAAUUCAACUAAAAUUGAAGUAAUUUGGGAUCUUUCUUCGGCAAAAUUUGGAUCUGGGCCGGAGCCAUUGGAGGCGUAUUUUGUAGCAGUGGUUUGUAAGGGGGAAAUGAUUGUGUUAAUUGGGGAUCUGAGGAAAGAAGCAUUCAAGAAAACUGGUGCAGCCUCUUCAAUUUCCAGGUCUACAUUCCUUUCCAAAAGGGAACAUAUUUUUGGGAAGAGGGUUUAUGGUACUAAGGCGCAAUUCUGUGAUAAUGGACCGACUCAUGAUCUUAAAAUCGAGUGUGAUACAAAUGAAGGCGGUGAUCCGUGCCUUGUAGUUCGUAUUGAUACGAAACAAGUGAUGCAGGUGAAGCACUUACAGUGGAAAUUUCGUGGAAACUAUACUAUUUUGGUCGACGGGCUCCCUGUGGAAAUCUUUUGGGACGUGCAUAAUUGGUUAUUCUGUCCGAGUCUACGGAAUGCAGUAUUCAUGUUUCAAACUUGUUUGUCUGCCGAGAACCUUUGGACAAGGCAAACAGCGUCUGAUCCCGCCAUAUUCUCUCGGAGUGGCUCGGAGUGUUUCCGGGAUUCUAAUUUACCAGGUCUUGGUUUUUCAUUAUUUUUGUAUGCCUGGAAGACAGAUUAGAAUUGUCUUUGUUUCUUGAUUGCUAACAAUAUUUAAUAAGUAAAAUGUUAUUAGCUGGUUUGCCUCGUUCAACUGGGAUUUUGUCUUGUUU